AUGGCAGAUGAUAAGCCGCACUUUGGAAAAGUCCCUGCGUGUGACUAUUGCCGGAGUAAAAAGCUCAGAUGCUCCAAAGACAGGCCAAUAUGCAUGAGCUGUGCGCGGUCUGGGCGACCGUGUCGUUAUAGUGAGAGGACACCAAGAACUCCUCUUACGCGAGACUAUCUGACUAGAGUUGAGAGACGCCUCGCAAACGUGGAGCGCCUGUUUCACCAGCUUCUCCCUGAUGUUGACAUCAAUGAAGCACUGGCGUCGAGGGGCAUUGAAGUGCCGGCAGACGCAUCCCAGCUAAAUACAUCUCUGUCGCCACCGUCAAAUCCUACAUCACCUGAUACUCCAGUUCAGGCCAGCGGUGCCAUUUCAGAUGCCGUGCCUGCAGAAAGCGAUGGCUUUGAUUGGCAGGAAGACGUGGAUGAGCUGGCGGAUGGGAUGGCAUCGUUAUCCGUUGAGCCGAGAGGGGCAGGAUACUUGGGACCGACUGCUGGUGUCUUCUUUCUCAGAUCAUUGCUCCUCUGGACGGGCCACUCAAGGCCCUUCAUCGGUAGUAGCCCUGAGGUUCUACGACCGUAUGCGGGAGUCGAGUCUUCUUCCCAGCUAUCUAACUCAGUCAUGUCGAGACAGGUUAUCGAGCAAUUAGUAAAUGGCUAUUUUGAGGUGUACCACCGCAGCUAUCCUUUUGUGCACGAACCCACGUUUCGAGCCCAGCUUCACCAAGUUAUACAGCGACCAAAACCACGCUCAUGGCAGAUGCUGCUCUAUACCAUUAUGGCACUGGGGGCUUGGUGUCUCGACAACAACAACACCGAACUCGAUGAUGAGCUGUACCAUCUCGCCUUAUCUUUUGGGGAUGCUGAGUCCUUGUUUGCUAGCGCCGAUCUGACCUUUGUCCAAGCCCUCAUCCUGUUCAGCAAUCUAAGCCAGAAGCGAAAUAAGCCUAACACGGGAUCUAACUUUCUUGGGCUCGCGACGCGAAUGGCUCUAAGUUUAGGUCUUCACAGAGAGCUCCCCGAGUGGAGUAUCAGUCUCUUACAGCGAGAGAUGCGCCGUCGUGUUUGGUGGGGGCUAUACAUGUUUGACAGUGGUGCUUCGACGACCUUUGGGAGGCCGAUACUUCUUCCGGGUGAAGAGGCAAUGGACGUGCGACCGGUUCUGAAUAUUGAUGAUGAGGACCUUACAAGUGGAACAAAAGUAUCUCCAGAAGAGGUAAACAGGCCGACACUCUACUCAGGCAUGAAGUACCAAAGUGAUCUACAUGUCAAGUCCAAUUACAUCUCCAAUCGUCUGCUCUCAUCGUUAUGCGUGGCACCAGAUGACGCGCUAUCCAUGGAUGCAACAUUGGAUAAGUGGUCUAGAACAUUACCAGAGUACUUAAGGCUGGAUCACCAUGUCCCUUUAGCUGAGCCUGCGUUCUACUUCAACAGGUCACGUCUUUGGUGGCGGUUCUGGAACCUCAAGAUCAUCAUCUUUCGCCAGUUAUUUCUCAAGCGGGCGAUUGGCCAGGGCAAUUCUAGCAUGACGGUAUCAGUCAAUGAGGUUGACGAAAAAUGCAUGAGCAUUGCGGUACGCGCUGCGAGUGCGACGAUAGUGUCGAUCGAUCAGUACACGACGGAGAGACAGAGAACCAGACUUGUGACUUGGUAUUCAAUCUAUUUCACAUUCCACGCUUCCUUAGUCAUCGUCCUUGCUAUCCUCAGUAAUCCAGAAUCACCAGACAUGCCCAACUGGCAGGAGGACGUCAACACGGUUCGUCGCAUCUUCCGAGGGGUAUUUGCAGAUAAUGAGCUUGCGACUCGCUGCGCCAACAUCAUCGACGUUAUUCUGCCGGACCCUCUGUUGACAUCGGGUGAUUGGUCAAAUGUCCAGCUUGACCCUAUGCUGAUGGACUUUUCGACGUGGCCGGCAGCUUCUGCUGACGAGUUUGCCAGUGUUCUUGGCUGGCCUGACUGGGCCAACUUCCCCCAGUGA